AUGCAUGGAAAUACAACAUACAAAGCAAAGUCAGAAUCUAAUUUUCUAGAAGUGGGUCAGCACAUAUGGGAGCGCUGCGACACAGCCAGAGCCCUGCUAAAGAGGGGCUGUCCUUUUGAUCACCUGGAGGACCCUAGAGGUUCCACUGUCCUUCUGAGAAACCGGAAGAUCACCUUUCAUCCCAAAGAACAAAGGCACAAACGGUGGCACAGACAAGUAACCCAGCUCCAGCCUCAGUCUGUUCUCCUGCACCUCAGACCAGGAGAACCCCAGAGCUUUGAGGUGAAAUUCAAACGUGUGGAGGACUACCCCAUAGACCUGUACUAUCUGAUGGAUCUAUCUUUCUCCAUGGAGGAUGACCUGAUGAAUGUUAAGAAGCUGGGGGCUGACCUCAUGGAAGAAAUGAAGAAUAUCACCAGUGACUUUAGAAUGGGCUUUGGUGCAUUUGUGGACAAGACAGUAAUGCCAUACAUCAGCACUGCGAAGGACAUGCUCAGAAAUCCCUGUAAAAGGACCGAGCCCUGGCCCUGCACCCCUCCCUUCACCUUCCAUCACAUCCUAAGCCUCACCACCAACGGAAGCCUCUUCACAGAGCUGGUAGGGGGGCAGCGGAUCUCCGGUAACCUGGAUUCACCAGAGGGUGGGUUGGAUGCCCUGAUGCAGGCCACCAUGUGUGAGGAGCAGAUCGGCUGGAGAAAUGUGACCCGUCUGCUGGUGUUCUCCACGGAUGCCGGUUUCCACAUUGCUGGAGACGGCAAAUUAGGCGGCAUUGUGCUUCCAAACGACGGGAAGUGUCACUUGCAAAAAAAUGUCUACACCAGAGGAAACUCACAGGACUACCCUUCGGUGGCUCACAUUGCUGAAACGCUGAGACAGAAGAGCGUCCAGACCAUCUUUGCUGUCACCGAAGAAGUUGCACAUUUGUAUGAGGGCCUAAGAAGCAUCUUCCCAAAAUGUGAGGUUGGAAUGCUGUCCAACAACUCCCACAACAUCCUGCAGAUAAUUGUUGAAGCAUAUAAUGCACUGACCUCUGAGGUUGUUAUGGAGAACAGCAAGCUCCCACCAGGCUAUCGCAUCUCCUAUACUUCCCACUGUAAGGACCACGGGCCAAGGCAUGGCGAGCAGGGUAGGAGGUGCUCCAGCAUCUCUGUAGGUGACGAGGUGAGCUUUAAUGUAAGCAUCACAGCACCUCUGUGUGUGGCUGCUUCACAAAGACCAUACCGCUUUAUUAUUAAGCCCCAAGGCUAUAGCGAAGAGGUUGAGGUCCUGCUGAGCCCCAUAUGUGAGUGUUCAUGUCAAAAGGACAGGGUCCCACACAGUCCUUCUUGUAGCCAUGGCAACGGCACUCUGGAGUGCGGCGCAUGCAGGUGUAAAGAAGGGAGAGUCGGAACAUUUUGUGAAUGCGAACAAGAGGAGUCGGGCACGGCAGUUGACUCACACCUUUGUCGCCGCGAUAAUGCAUCUGAAGUGUGCAGUGGGCAUGGAGAGUGCGUUUGCGGGAGGUGUGUUUGUCAAAAGAGCAGCAAAAAGCCCAACCAUGUGUACUACGGGGAGUUCUGUGAGUGCAGUGAUUUCAGCUGUGAUCAGUACCAAGGACUGCAGUGUGGAGGGCGCGGCAGGUGUGUGUGUGGGGAGUGUUUGUGUCUCCCCGCAUUCAGAGGCCAAGCUUGCGAGUGCCCUCUCAGCUUGGAGUCGUGCCUCGCUCAGGAUGGACAGAUUUGUGGAGGCAGAGGCGACUGCCACUGCGGUACCUGCAUUUGCCACGACAAGCGCUUCCAGGGCCCGACCUGUGAGCUUUGCCCUUCCUGCCCCAGCAUCUGUAACUUGCACCGAGAAUGCAUCUCAUGCAGGGCCUUCUCAGUGGGUUUGAGUCCAAAUGAAUGCGAGAUGAAGUGUGCCCACCUGAACCUCACCUUGGUAGGUCAGACUGGUGUCUUAGCAACAGUACCUUCCUCUCCAGGCCUUCGCAGGUGUUUGGAAGUGGACUCGGAGAGUUGUGUAGUGCACUUUCUUGUGAGGACUGGAGAAAAAGGAGACUUUUUCUAUGUAGCUCUCGAACGAGAGUGCCCACCGGGGCCGAAUGUGAUCCUGAUUACCGCAGUGCUUUCAGGCUCUGUUGUGGUGCUGGGCGUGGCUUUGUUGCUGCUAUGGAAACUACUCACCAGCAUCCAUGACCGCAGGGAGUUUGCCCGCUUUCAGAGAGAGCUGGAGCAGAGACGCUGGAACAGGAAGGACAACCCCAUCUACAAAAGUGCCAUCACGACAGUUGUCAACCCGAAAUAUAAAGAAAACUGAUAGCAGCCGUGGAAGGAGA